AUGGCGGAAGAGGACCUUCCCACCGAGACGACCUCGCUCUUCCCAGCUUACGUACACAGCCAACCGCCGCAAGCUCUCCCCGGGGACCCCAGCAGAGCCGCCGCCGCGCCAGAAUGGCUUCAAAGCACCAGCUUCACCGCUGACCUCUCCGUCAUAAACGACGCCGUCGCCAAGUACAAUCCCCCGGACAUCGAACAGCGAGAAGAAGAAGAGGAAGAUAAAGAUGAAGAGCUUAAUGCCAAUAAACGGCCGCCGAAGUACGAUAUGGUGCCUUCGUCUCCGUCGGAUGCAAGCGCUUCUUCUUCCGACGAAGAGCGUAGGAAGAGGAGGAGAAAGAAGAGGAGGAGGGGAAAAGAGGAACCCAGUGGCUCGCGAUCAUCAUACAGCUUUUCUGCGACUAUCUCAUCUUCUUCGAGAAAAACAGGUGUUGUGAAAUGGGCUUCGCCUUCGUCUACUCCGAACGAGAAGGGCUAUUACUUUGAUUCUCGUGGGGAUCGAGAUAAUUUGGCAUUUGGUUGCAUCUACAGGAUGGAUGUUGCACGAUACAAGCUUUACGGUUCCGAGAAAUUUUCAAACCUCAACUAUUUCAGGGGAAACAAGGGGGCCAGCCAUUUGGAGGGGGAUAUUGAUAUAGACGCACUAGAUACAAAACUUAGGUCCGGGGGUCGUUAUUGGUCUGCAAAAUAUGCUGCUAUUGAACAGCAUAAGAACUUGAAACGAGUACGAGUUCUUGCUCCCAUCAAGCCUGUGAGGAUUUCCGAUGCUGAAUAUAUCCCCUUACUGGCUGAGGAUUCUGAUAAUGCUCCAGCUUCGAGUGAGAAAGUGGUUGAAGAGUCCUGGGAAGACGAGGUCCUGAGAAAAACAAAGGAGUUCAAUAAAUUGACCAGGGAGCGUCCUCGUGAUCAAAGUGUAUGGCUGGCAUUUGCCGAGUUUCAAGACAAGGUGGCUGGUAUGCAGCCUCAUAAAGGUGCUCGUUUGCAGACACUUGAGAAGAAGAUCAGUAUUCUGGAGAAGGCAACCGAGUUUAAUCCGGGUAGUGAAGAUUUGAUUCUCUCUCUUAUGAAUGCUUAUCGGAGGAGAGACAGUACUGAUGUUAUGAUACGGAGAUGGGAGACGAUACUGACUUCCAAUUCUGGGAGUUACAAGCUGUGGAGGGAAUUUUUGCAGGUUAUUCAGGGUGAAUUUUCCAGAUUCAAAGUCUCUGAAAUGAGGAAAAUGUACGGAAAUGCAAUCCAAGCAUUGGCUGGUGCUUGCAUAAAGCAGCAUAGGCAGGCUCAACAAUCUGGCAGUGCAAUUCCUCUUGAUCAGGCAACUGUUCAAUUAGAACUCGGUUUGGUUGAUAUUUUUCUUGCUCUUUGCCGCCUUGAGUGGCAAGCAGGUUAUCAAGAGUUGGCCACUGCCUUGUUUCAGGCAGAGAUAGAGUACAGUCUGUUUUGCCCUUUGGUUACUUCCGAGCAAAGCAAGUUAAGGCUGUUUGAGCACUUUUGGGGUAGCAAUGGUGCCAGAAUUGGAGAAGAUGGAGCCCUUGGAUGGUCAACAUGGCUGGAGAAAGAGGAAGAAGAGAGGCAAAGGCUUCUUAACGAGGAGAGCUCGACUACUGUUGAUGAAGGUGGUUGGACAGGUUGGUUUGAACCCCCAUCUAAAACCGGAGCAACUGAAAUGCCAGAAGAUACUGCUGUGCAAGAUGUGGUUGGUGAGGAACUUGAUGAUGAUGGGUCUGGUGCAAAAGAUGUUGAGAUGAAGGAUGACAUUGAAUCUCUGCUUAAAGCACUAGGGAUUGAUGCUGCUGCUGAAGGUGAUAUCAAGAUAAAAGAUACAGAAACAUGGACUAAAUGGUCAAAGGCGGAGAUGGAUAGAGACUUUGAUCAGUGGAUGCCUCUUCGUGCAAAUACCGACCGGAUUUCUCAGGAUGACGACACAGUGGCCGCAGGAGAUGGCGAGCAUCUGUUCAGAGUAGUUUUAUAUGAAGAUGUGAGUGAUUACCUGUUCUCACUGAAUUCUGAGGAAGCUCGAUUAUCUCUUGUAUCUCAGUUCACAGACUUCUAUGAAGGAAGGAUCGCUCAAUGGACCUGCACAAACAGUUCGAGUUGGGUCCAGAAGACACUUGGUUUAGACAGUCUUUCUUGUUCUCUUGUGGAGGACCUGAGAGAAAUGCACGAAUUUCUGACCAGUAAGCUGGAAAAUCCGCGAAGUGUGAGUUUGGAGCUUCUUUUGAACAACAACUCAGAUGACACAAAUAUGAAGAGCGGCAUGAUGAGAUUUCUCCGGAAUGCAAUAUUACUUUGCUUAAAAGCAUUUCCACGAAAUUACAUCUUGGAGAGAGCUGCUCUUGUUGCUGAAGAGCUAACAAAUACCAGGAUGAAUACUACAAGCUGUUCUGUGACCCCUUGCCGAGCUUUAGCAAAGACACUUUUGAAAAAUAAUCGGCAGGAUGUACUUCUAUGUGGGAUUUAUGCUCAAAGAGAAGCAUUCUUCGGGAAUAUUGAUCAUUCAAGGAAGGUUUUUGACAUGGCAUUGUCAUCUAUUGAAGGGCUUCCUCAGGAUGUCAGGCCAAACGUAUCUCUUUUGUAUUUGUGGUAUGCAGAAGUGGAGCUUGCAAAUAACCCCUCAGAAAAUUCUGAAUCCUCAGUACGUGCUAUGCAUAUAUUAUCUUGCUUCGGUAGUGGCUCAACAUACACUCCAUUCAAAGGUCAACCUUCAAGUCUGCAAAAACUUAGAGCCCGUCAGGGGUUCAAAGAUCGUAUAAAAGCUCUAAGCUCAACAUGGGUGCGUGGUGCAAUAGAUGAUAGUUCAGCUGCUCUCAUAUGUUCGGCCGCAUUAUUCGAAGAGUUGACUCAUGGAUGGGCUUCUGCCUUGGAAAUUCUAGAAACUUCUUUUACUAUGGUGCUUCCAGAGAUGAGGCGGCAGAGUAGGCAACUUGAAUUUUUAUUCAGCUAUUAUGUUGGGUUGCUUUACAAAAAUCACGCGGAGCUCAAGAUUUCAAAAGUAUGGGAAGCUAUUGUAAAAGGGUUACAGAUAUAUCCUUUCAAUCCACAGUUGCACAAGGCGUUAGUUGAAAUAAGCCAUCUCCACACUUCGCCCAAUAAACUGCGGUGGACUCUCGAUGAUCAGUAUCAAAAGAAACCAUCUGUCAUCACAUUGCUGUACGCAUUAACGUUUGAAUUGAGCACCGGGGGAUCACAGCACAGAAUACGUGGGCUUUUCGAAAGGGCUUUGGAGGAUGAUAAAUUUCACAAAUCGGUAGUUCUUUGGCGUUGCUUCAUCGAAUUCGAGAGGAGUGUGGCGAACAAUAUUACUGCAGCCAAAAGAGUGUUUUUUCGAGCAAUACACGCGUGCCCAUGGUCUAAAAAGCUAUGGCUGGAUGGUUUUCUGAAGCUCGACUCUGUAUUGACCGUGAAGGAGUUGUCAGAUCUUCAAGAGGUCAUGCGAGAUAAGGAACUGAACCUGAGGACCGAUAUAUACGAGAUCUUAUUACAGGAUGAGAUGGACACUUAA